AUGCGGCUGGCCUGCAUGUUCUCAUCCGUCCUGCUGUUCGGAGCUGCAGGCCUCCUCCUCUUCAUCAGCCUGCAGGACCCCACGGAGCUCGCCCCCCCGCAGGCACCAGUCCUCUCCUCUGUUUGCUUUUCAGGAAUAAAGUUCAGCAUCAGGCCGCAGCAGGCCCACGAGGACCUCCCACAAGGCAGUUCUCAGGAUGGUGACUUGAAGGUAUCCAUAGAGAGGGUCACCCAAGACUUGUCCAGCGGGACCCCAAAAGGCCCCGACCGGCUGGUGCCUGAGCAGCAUGAACCCCAUCUUAAGAGGGGGUCCCAUCUGCGGCUCCGGCAGCGCCGCCGCCGGCUGCUCAUCAAGAAAAUGCCAGCGGCGGCCCUAGCCAACAGCUCGGCCGGGCCCGCGAGCCCUGGACGGCCCUUUGCGCGGCCGGGCCCGCGGGCCCUGGACGGCCGCUGGGUCAGCCUGCAGCAGAGCCAGCGGGAGCGCAAGCGGGUGAUGCAGGAGGCCUGUGCCAAGUACCGGGCGAGCAGCAGCCGUCGGGCCGUCACGCCACGCCACGUGUCCCGCAUCUUCGUGGAGGACCGCCACCGUGUCCUAUACUGCGAGGUGCCCAAGGCGGGCUGCUCCAACUGGAAGCGGGUGCUCAUGGUGCUGGCGGGGCUGGCGUCGUCCACCGCCGACAUCCAGCACAACACGGUGCACUAUGGCAGCGCCCUCAGACGCCUGGACACCUUCGACCGCCAGGGCAUCCUGCACCGGCUCAGCACCUACACCAAGAUGCUCUUUGUCCGCGAGCCCUUCGAGAGGCUGGUGUCCGCCUUCCGCGACAAGUUCGAGCACCCCAACAGCUACUACCACCCGGUCUUCGGCAAGGCCAUCCUGGCCCGGUACCGGGUCAACGCCUCUCGGGAGGCGCUGCGGACAGGCUCCGGGGUGCGCUUCCCUGAGUUCGUGCAGUACCUGCUGGACGUGCACCGGCCGGUGGGCAUGGACAUCCACUGGGACCACGUCAGCCGGCUCUGCAGCCCCUGCCUCAUCGACUACGACUUUGUGGGCAAGUUCGAGAGCAUGGAGGACGAUGCCAACUUCUUCCUGAGCCUCAUCCACGCACCCGGGAACCUGACCUUCCCCAGGUUCAAGGACCGGCACUCCGAGGAGGCGCGGACGACGGCGAGGAUCACACACCAGUACUUCGCCCAGCUCUCGGCCCUGCAGCGGCAGCGCACCUACGACUUCUACUACAUGGACUACCUGACCUUCAACUACUCCAAGCCCUUUGCAGACCUGUACUGAAGGGCGGCACCAGCUGGCGCGGCCGGUGUGCGGGGCGCUCCCGGCUCUCCAUGUGGCCGUGUCCCCACCUGAGAUGUAGUGCCGGGGUGGCUGUGGGAUGCGCCAGGCCCUAGGUGGGGACCCUGGCCCUUGUCGUGUUCCCACUUUCUCCUCCUUGGCUGAUGGAGAUGCAGACUGACCCCCAGGAGCUCAGCCAGGAGUUCCGGUGACCAGGGAAGGCUGAGGCCCGAGGACGAGGCCCCAGCGGGAAGGGAUUUCCUGCGGUCCCUUAGCUAUUGCCUUGUA